AUGGCAAUAUGGUACGGUUUGAAGCUGUGUUGGGAACGUGGUUUUCGUAAGGUGCUUUGCUGCUCUGAUUCAUUACUCUCUGUUAAUUUAAUUAAGAAAGGGGUUACAACACAUCAUCGUUUAGCGAAUGAGAUUUAUUGUAUUCGAAAGCUGCUAGCUAAUGAUUGGGAGGUGAUUCUUACUCAUACUCUUCGUGAGGGAAAUGCGUGUGCUGAUGUGUUGGCUAAGUUAGGUGCUAACUCUGACUCGCCAUUGGUGAAUGUUCCUACUCCUCCUAGAGAUCUGGUUAAGCCACUCUGGGAUGAUGCUUGGGGUGUAGAGUUUAUUAGGGAGUGA